UUUUCCUUUCGGUGUUUUUGACAGUCUAUAUAACGAUAGCUCCGAAUUCUUGUUAAUCUGUAGUACAGUCUAUCGCACAACAGCUUUUUCCCAUUUCGACGCGUUUCCCCUCGUGUUUUUGCUGAUUUUACACUGUACACGAAUUCUGCCGCUCUGUCUUUUGCCACUCAGUGGGCGUAGCCGCAGGCACUUUCGCCGAAUAUGACGUCACGUGCAUACCCUCAUAUGAAGCAGAUCUUGGCAGAGACUCGUCACAUGUUUUUAGUGUUUGGACUGAGUGGAUCGAGAUAACAUUACAGGUUUCGGACAAUAGUAAAUAGUCAUCGACUACGAUCGUUCAAAGCAUAACCGGUUAUCUUCUUCACCCAAGAGACCUACGGUUGGGACAAUCGUUUUGGCUUUAAAGAUAACUUGACCAGAGCAUAACCGGUUAUCUUCACUCAAGAGACCUACUGUUGGGACAAUCGUUUUGGCUUUAAAUUAAAUGCAUUUUUAGUCACAAUGUCUAGUUACUGGGCCAAAAGGAGAAGAAUAUUGAAAGGAGUUGAGAGGGACAAACAGGAAAUUGCAGCUGCUAACGAUGCUCUACUUGCUGUUAUUCUCGCCUUUGACCGAGUAAAUCCUCCUCUUAAUGAGAAUCAACAUACAGUGGCUACAACAAGUCACGGACAAACUGUUACCCCUGAAGAAAACCAGGAGAAUGAGCCAUCUGAGAGCUUCAGAGCUGGUGUCUCCCCAAUAAUCCAGAGUCCACUUCACAGAGCCAAGAGUUUGAGUACAACUCGUCAAGUACUAAGCUUUACUCCCCCAGCAGCAAACUUACCCUACCAGUAUAUGGGUGAAAACGUUGGAGGAGAAAGUCAUCGCUCUGUUAUAGGCCCUUGUACUCCCCUGGCAUCUCGUGUUCAGCAUGAAGUUUUCAGCUUUGAAGAUUUUCAGAGACUCCAGAAUGAGAACCAAGCCCUGAGGGGGGAUAACCAAGCCCUGAGGGGGGAUAACCAAGCCCUGAGGAAGGAGAACCAAGCCCUGAGGGAACGUAAUGCACGAGCAGCUUCGGAUGACAGCGGCUCACUUCAAGAGCAGGUGAAGCAACUUGGGGCAACGUUGAAGACGUUUGCUUGCACUGGGCAAUCAGGUGCAGAUCAGACCCUAAUGCUGCAACGUCUUGGAGAGCUUGGUGAUGUUGUGCGUAGCAUGGACAACAAAAUGGACACUAUGCUACAACAUUUCAGUGCCAAUGUGUCUGUUGGAGAGCUAUCCCUACCAGGGGAUCUGUUACUCCCCCUAGACACCCAGGAAGAUUUGGCGUUGCUUGACAACACUUUGAGGCAGGAUGAAGAGCUCCAGGAACGAUUUCUUCGGUUUUUGGCAAUCAAAUGUGGGAGGGACCUAAAAACAACCGUGUGGCGAAUGCUUCAGAGUAUCUUCUCCAAUCACCUUUCCAUUAAUACAACCUGGACUGGUGUAGGGAAUAAAGCAUGUUUUAGAGACCUGUUCCUGAAGACCAUUGUUCAAAGAGCCAUCCGGAAGAACCCGGCAACCCAGGAUGCCACUGAUGAGGCUGUCCAGGUUAUUGUUAUGCGUUACCUGAAAGGAGCAUCUGACCGUGAAGGUGGAAAAAGGCGGCGCACAGCUGAGAAUCCGACCCCUUAAACCUAGACUGAACUUUUUUUCUGUUGUUAAAUACACAUCAAGUUUUGAUUAUCACAGAUACAAAACUUCUACACCGAUUACUGGCUAUACUAGCCCAUAUGUGCAACCCCUCCCUCCAUCUCCCAGUCUGGAUGUGGUGUAACAUCAUAUUUGACCAAUGGCUGAUACUCUAAAGCUAUCCUUGCACUGCAGCUAUUAUUCUUUUAUUACUUUGCUUACAUUUUUCUCUUAUAUUGUCCAUUACGAAAUGACACACCGUGAAACAAGUACCUACUGACUGAGCACCUUACCGCCUGUCACUGCAGGUGCCUUAUACACUACAUUCAUGUGGAUCCUUGUUUUUAAUAUCUUUAGUGUAUUUUACUGUUCAUUUUAGUCAUGUGGAUUUUUUAUCAUUCUGUUUAUGUUGAUGUGAUGUGGGAUCUUGAAUUUCCCCUGGGGAUCAAU